GUUUGUAAAGUAAAUGUUUUGUUUACUUAUUGUUCAGCUUGGGAAGCGACAUACAGAAGAAACCAAGAUGUCGUACAUGCUACCACAUCUUCACAAUGGCUGGCAGGUAGAUCAAGCCAUCCUGUCCGAGGAGGACCGAGUCCUGGUGAUCCGCUUCGGUCACGACUGGGACCCGACAUGUAUGAAGAUGGACGAGGUUCUCUACAGCAUCGCGGAGAAGGUCAAAAACUUUGCAGUCAUCUACCUGGUGGAUAUCACAGAAGUACCUGACUUCAAUAAGAUGUACGAGUUGUACGACCCCUGCACAGUCAUGUUCUUUUUCAGGAACAAACACAUCAUGAUUGAUUUGGGAACAGGAAACAACAAUAAGAUAAACUGGACAAUGGAGGACAAGCAGGAGAUGAUUGACAUUGUUGAAACCGUGUACCGAGGUGCGAGAAAAGGAAGAGGUCUUGUGGUGUCUCCAAAGGAUUAUUCUACCAAAUACAGAUAUUGAUUAUUUCCCCCUUCAGAUGUUGUUGUUUUCCUCAUCCUUUUGUGACACAAGACAGAGACUAAAUGUUACAGAAGUCAAGGAAGAUCUUUUUCAGUUUCCAGUGCAUCAGGACAAUAUCCCUUUUUCUGUUUUUGGUCAUGACUGUGUUACAUUGUGCCAUUUUUAAUUGUGUGUGCAGAUUGAUUGACAUUUCAAUUUAUCUUCUCAUUCAUACUCAACUUGUUCAAAUGUUGUAAUAAACACGGGUGCAUAU